UCACCUCCAUACGUAGAAGUCCUAGAUUCAUAAGACAUGGCUUCAUGUAGCUUCUUCCUUCUUCAUGCUUUUUUGCUGUUCUCUCUUGCAACCAUAGCUUUUUCUUCACCACUCACUCCUUAUUACUACGACAAAGUAUGUCCCGAGGCUUUGCCAGCCAUCAAACGUGUUGUUCAAGCAGCAGUGCAACAAGAGCGGCGUAUGGGCGCCUCUUUGCUACGUCUGCACUUCCACGAUUGUUUCGUUAAUGGCUGUGAUGGUUCAAUUCUGCUAGACCCAUCACCCACCAUUGACAGUGAAAAGAAUGCACUUCCUAAUUUGAAUUCUGCAAGAGGAUUUGAUGUCAUUGACAAGAUCAAGUUGGCGGUGGACAAAGCCUGUGGAUAUCCAGUGGUUUCAUGUGCUGACAUUUUGGCUGUUGCAGCUCGUGACUCUGUGGUUGCGCUAGGGGGACCAACAUGGAAGGUGCAACUAGGGAGGAGAGACUCGACCACUGCAAGUAGGACUGAUGCCAACACUGACAUUCCAUCACCAUUCAUGGACCUCCCUGCAUUGAUCAACAUAUUCCAAAAGCAUGGCCUGAAUGUUAAAGACCUUGUCGCGCUCUCAGGUGGCCACACCAUAGGUAUUGCACAAUGUCGCAUAUUCAGAACUCGCAUUUACAAUGAGACUACUACCAUUAAUCCCGCCUUUGCUCGCCAGCGUCAAGCCACUUGUCCUCUCAGCGGAGGAGACUCGAACCUGGCCCCUCUAGACCCAACACCUGCAUUCUUCGACAAAAAAUACUUCACCAACUUGGUGAAGAAAAAGGGGCUUCUACACUCUGAUCAGGCACUAUUUAAUGGUGGCCAAACUGAUAAGCUGGUCAAGAGCUAUAGCACAAAUGCUGGUGCUUUCUCUCAAGAUUUUGCCAAAUCAAUGAUUAAAAUGGGUAAUAUAAAGCCAUUAACUGGAAAGAAUGGCCAAAUUCGGUUGAACUGCAGGAAGGUGAACUAAUUGUUGUUUGGUCAAUGGAUUUUUUCUCAACGGCGAAUUCCAUUGUGGGUUUUUUUUUUUUUUU